AUGCCCAAGUCGAUGCAGUCGUACCACAGCGUCGACGACUACGACGCCGACGAUGACUACGCCGCCGAACAGCGCGAGCGCGACGACACCUUCAGCAGCACCACGCCCACGUCGCCCACGCUCACCUUCAGCGCCCAGCGCCCGAUGCGUGCCUCGGACACGGACCUCACGAGGUCGACGGGCAGCGUCAACGAGCGGACCGCCCUGCUAGGAGUGCCCCAUCUGCGGGGUGCCAGGUCCUACAAGAGCCUGCCCGCCACCUCCCCGGGCACCCCUCGCCCGGGCAUGACGCGCAACAACAGCCAGCUGCCCACCAGCUCGCGCAUGCGGAGCCGCCGGGGCUCCCUCACCGGCGGCCACACCUUCAGCCAGCGCCUCGUCAAUGCCCUGGGCGAGCGGGGGGCGGGCCUCGAGCAGAGCAUGCACUCCGCAAAGGCCUCCUUCUUCCAGGACAACCGCGUGUGGUACGAUCAGUUCACGUCGACCGACUGGGUCCACGACAACAUCGCCGACGCCUACCGCGUCAAGGCCCUGCGGAGCCGGAAGGACAUCAGGGGCCGCCUCGCCGCUUGGUUCGACGGUGCGCAGGGCUGGAUUCUGGUAGCCCUAAUCGGCGUGCUCACUGCCGUGUGCGCCUACUUCGUCAACACCACCGAGACCACGCUGUUCGAUCUGAAGCAGGGCUAUUGCACCACCGGCUGGAACAAGAGCCGCAAGGCGUGCUGCCAAGGUGCCUCGAUAUGCGACAACUGGCUCAAGUGGUCCGAGGCGGUCCGCAAUGACAGGCUGGACGUCGUCCAGACCCAAUAUGGCUUUUUCGUCCUCUCCGUCAUCUUGCUCUCCAUGGCCUCGUGUCUGCUCACGCUCACCACAAAAACAGUUAUCCCUUCAGCCAUCUCACUGUCCACACUCGACGAAAACCUCGGCGCAGAAGUCCGGAGAUACUCUGAUCAGGCAGAGGAAGAAGACCGCAAGCGCAGCAUCAGCCCAGAGUCAAGGUUCCAGGAAGUCCAGGCACGGCCACCCAUGGUCUACUACUCCGCUGCUGGCAGUGGUGUAGCCGAAGUCAAGGUCAUCCUCAGUGGUUUCGUUCUCCACGGUUACCUGGGUGUACGCACACUGCUCGUCAAGACGCUAGCUCUGAUCCUCAGUGUUGCAUCGGGCCUCAGUCUCGGUAAGGAGGGCCCAUACGUGCACAUUGCGACUUGCAUAGGAAACAUUGCGUGUCGUAUAUUCUCAAAGUAUAGCAACAACGACGGCAAACGCAGGGAGAUUCUCAGCGCUAGUGCCGCUAGUGGUGUUGCCGUAGCUUUCGGCGCUCCGAUUGGCGGAGUGCUCUUCAGUCUGGAGGAAGUGAGCUACUACUUUCCGUCCAAGACGCUCUUCAGAACCUUCUUUUGCUGCAUCGCGGCUGCAUUAUCUCUUAAAUUCCUGGAUCCAUACGGCACCAAGAAGAUCGUGCUUUUCGAGGUUCGUUAUCAUCUAGACUGGAAGUUUUUUGAACUUGCGACCUUUGUCUUCACCGGCGCUGUGGGCGGUGUUCUCGGCGCAUUGUUCAUCAAAGCAUCUCGCAUCUGGGCACGAACAUUCCGUCGCAUACCCGUUAUCAAGAAGCAUCCGCUCCUUGAGGUCUUCCUGGUUGCGCUUGUGACUGGUUUGAUCAGUUUCUGGAACCGAUACACCAAACUUCCCGUCACCGAACUCUUGUUCGAACUGGCAAGUCCGUGCGACACGUACACUGACACCGGCGACGGUCUCUGUCCGACUCUCGAGCAUAUUCCGAGCGUACUCAAAACCUUGUUCUUCGCAUUUGUCAUCAAAGCUCUUCUGACUGUCGUCACCUUUGGUAUCAAGGUCCCAGCCGGUAUCUAUGUACCUUCCAUGGUCGUAGGCGGUCUCGCUGGGCGCUUUAUCGGCCACACUGUUCAACUUGCUGCUCUACGCUUCAACCAUCUGGGCGUCUUCGGAGAGUGUUCGCCUGACGGUCCGCCAGGUUCAUGCGUCGUUCCUGGAGUGUACGCGCUAGUGGCUGCUGGAGCAACAAUGACCGGUGUCACUCGUCUUAGUAUCACACUGGCAGUUAUCUUAUUCGAGCUCACGGGUAGUCUGGAUCACGUACUCCCUUUCUCUCUCGGCAUUCUGGUCGCCAAAUGGGUGGCGGAUGCCAUUGAACCGCUCAGUAUCUACGACCUGCUCACAGACAUGAACUCGUACCCAUUCCUCGAUAACAAAGUUCGGCCCAUCUUCACAUCCGAGCUUGGCGACAUCACUACUGGGAAGAGACAGGAUCAUAUCAUCGAUAUUUCAGAAGACGCGCUCAUCCCUGCAGUCGAGCUGCGUGCAAAGCAACGUGGACUGCAAAUGAUAGGUGAACUGGACGGCGGCCUAUCCAUCAUCAAGAACGGCGUUCUUGUUGGCCUCAUUCCCGCACCAGAUCUAGAGUUUGCGCUCGAUAAGCUGGAGAACGAAGAGAACACGCUUUGCCUCAUGUCACCACGAGUCGAUUGGGCUGCAGGGCGUGAGCCCCAAGACGAAGAAGAGCAAGAAGCUUACGAUCCAAGUGAUUUCACUCCAUAUAUUGACCCAGCACCUGUUGCAUUGGAUGUUCACUCACCGAUGGACUUGGUAUACGAAUGCUUUGUAAAGCUCGGACUACGAUAUAUAUGCGUGCUCAGGGAUGGCAAGUACGCUGGUCUGGUUCAUAAGAAGACUUUUGUCAAGUACGUCAAAGAAUUGGAGCAUCAGGAAAAGAAAGGACCCUCCACGAAUCGGUACUGUCGCACCGGAUCCGAAACUGACGCCCUCGAUCUUGGCUCUAUCGGCCCCCAGGAGGGUAACAUGAAUCACUUCAAAUUUGGUAUCGCGCAACCCUGGCCUCCCAUCAGCAUCCCUAAGAAGGGCCGGAUUCGUCUCCUUCGAUAUUGCUUUGCGACCGCCAAGGCCAAAGCGGAACUUGGUUGUCCACUCCAGAAGGGGUUCAAGAUAUGGGCCGACGCCAUCAAGACACCAGCCAGUGCUGCGAACGGCCAUUGCCUCGGGUGGAUGGAGAUUCAUGACGGCAACGAGGAUAAAAAUGAGAGAAUGUAUCCGACCUGCUACCUCGAUGACUACAAGGACAAGAAAGAGCCUGGGACGUGGAACCCAAAAGUGAGCGCGGACGCUCUUGCAAUACACCUUGGGGCAGAAGAAGAAGCGCCAUACGCUAGCAUUGGGUAUGAUCAUCGCAAAACCACCGCUGGCCGUCAUUACAUGGUCAUGGGCUCGAAAAGCACCGAGCCACAUCGGGUAGCCCACGAAAUCGGCCACGUCCUCGGCAUGACUCACGAGCACUGCCGGUUUGACCGCGACGAAAACGUCCUUUUCCGCUGCGACAAACUAGUAGGCUACAAAGACGCCCUUAUCGCCGCCAGCGUCGCCGGCCACCAAGACGCCGCAGAGCGCCUCUGCACCGAGCAAGGCUUUGCGAACGAAUUCAACUUCGAAGCUGGUGCCCAGUACAUCAAGAACGCUGCUUUCAACAGCAUCUACGCUCCCAUCAUGGACGAAGGCCCCUUUGACCUCGGCUCCAUCAUGAUUUAUCCUUCGAAUGCGUAUGCCGCGGACUCGAAUUGCUGGGAAAAGAACGAUAUCAGUGUUUGUCCGCCUGUUGCUGCGCGCUUUGGGUCCACGUGGGCAAUUCAGGUUAAUACGGCGCCGUCGGUGGGAGAUGUUAAUUUUGUCAGGGCGUGGUAUCCGUGGCUUGAAGAGCAGAAGGAACCUGGUGCUGAGAAGCCGACGACGGGUUCUGGUACUGUUGUUGUUGGUAAGCGUAGGGGAGACGAAGCAGAGCGUGAGUUUGUUAGAGUUCACCGUCUUGGGGUUAGAGAUGGGAAUGUUUUGGUGUUUGCAUCGUAG